GCGUGCACAGUUGUGAUGCCGGCACGCAGCUCUUACUUCGUGCGGCAGAUAAGAAUACUCCGUCGAGCAUUCGUGUUUCUCGUUGUAAAUUCGGUAUAUCGCGUUAUAGUUUAUUGAAUUUAGUGUUAAUUGCCGUGUUUGGUCAUUCGGUAAAUAUUUAUCGCGUAUGUAAUCUUCGGAAUUCAAUAUUUUGUGUGUUUAUUACGUUUUCGCGUGAAUUUCUGAUCGGUUGUCGUCGGACGCCGGCCGGCAGACUUUGUGUGUGAUAAUAAAUAAUAUUUUGGACUUGUGUUAACCAUUUUUUGACUUCUGCACAACUUGUUGGCUCAAUGUGUUACCUGUAUCUACAUUUGAUUUAUGGUGUUCGAUACACUUUACUUGCCGUACCCUUGCAAUCCGAGGAGCGCUGCAUUGGAGUCUCUACUGCCGCCACCUUCGUACGGUGCCUUGAAUGGGAGUCACUACAGUCGCUACCUUCGUACAGUGCCCUAAAUGGGACUCUUUAUGGAUCCUUUGGAUGAAGCAUUGGCAAUUCCUGAUAUGCCCAAGUUUAUCAAUAAGGAGCAAGUUGAGAGAUUCCGUGGUACUGGUAGAGUGCGUAUUGAGGAUGAUGUUUUGACUACUGAAAAUGGAUGUGUCAACUGGACUAAAAUACCCAGAACUGUCCACGAAAUUGAAGAUUGGAUUGCCGGUGUUGAUGAUGAUUCCAAAUACGAUUGAAUGAAUUUACAACAUUUUGAAGUUGAUAUUGAUAUCAUAUUAUGUAUCUAGUUAAAUGGAGCAUUAUAUAAUUGCAUAUUAUUAUCCUGUUUUCAUGCAUAUAUUGUUAAAAAUGCUGUAUAUAUUGAGAAAUUGAGUUUGUGAUUCUACAUGUUUGAAUAAAAUUGUUGUUUUAUA